UUGUCUCUGCCUUUAAGGCGACCGCUGAGAAACAAGGAAGCGAAAAUGAAAAUUGAGUUUCGCAUUACAGUGAAGCCCAUGGACAGACUUCCGCGAUACUCUCAACGCCCUCUAGGUCUGCAGACGUCAAACAAACAUUUUCGGGAGGGGAUUUCCACACACAGACCAGUUUCCUUUACUUGUUUUGCUUUCGAUCUGGGCAGCAGAAAUAGACUCUUAAGUUUUCGUUUUGUUAUCGAGAUCCAGAAUAUUUACUGAAAACUGCAAGCUGACCAGAUCUAACGGGUGCCUUCUUUAAAGACAGUGUUAUUUCAAUAAGUAUACUGUCUCCUCAUUCCUCACAGACCAACAUGCCAGUGGAAAGAAUGCGGAUGCGACCAUGGCUUGAAGAACAGAUAGACUCCUCCAAGAUCCCCGGCCUGAAAUGGGUUAACAAAGAGAAGCGGAUAUUCCAGAUUCCCUGGAUGCAUGCGGCGCGCCACGGCUGGGACGUGGAGAAAGAUGCCCCUCUCUUCAGGAACUGGGCCAUCCACACAGGGAAAUACCAACCAGAGGUUGACAAACCGGAUCCAAAAACGUGGAAGGCCAACUUUCGCUGUGCUAUGAACUCCCUGCCUGACAUAGAGGAGGUGAAAGAUAAGAGCAUCAAAAAAGGAACAAACGCCUUCAGGGUUUACAAGAUGCUCUCUACCUCAGAGCGGCAAACAAAGAGAGGCCACAAAAGGAGAGGUGAAAGGGAGGAAAAGAUAAAGGUUGAGCCCAGGUCUCCUCACUGGGAGGGCAGUAAUGGCUACUCCAUGUUCCCCGGGGCAGGACUACAAAGAGAGGAGGUUGAGCCCAGGUCUCCACAAUGGGAGGGCAGUAAUGGAUACUCCAUGUUCCACAGGACAGGCUUCAUCAAGGAGGAGCUGAUGAGUCACCCCAUGAGCCGGAGUCCUGGUGAGGAGCAGGUGAUCAUCCCGGAGGUGUGCCAGACCAUCGAGGUCAUCACAGAGAACGAGGAGCAGUCAGUGACGUCCAGCCACCACUACCCGCUGCAGAUCUCACCCGUCUCCACUUACGGAGACAGUGACACGGAAAGCGUGCACAGCGAAGAGGACAACAAAGAGGCUGUUCGGGCGGCAUGGCCCUCCUCGUAUAGCAGUGCGAUGAUGAGGAUGCCCUCUUGCUCUCUGCCCAGCAUGGACACAUUUGUCACCUCCAGCAAGGCGGUCGCAGCCUUCACCACUAGCCAGGGGAUACUGACAUCCAGAUGGGCCUCGCCUCCUUUCUCCUCCUCCUCCUCCUCCUCCUCUUCCUCAUCUACGUCCCAGCUAAGUGCUACUGCUACUGCCGUCACCGCUGCUCCAUUGUGCCCCUCAGGACAGACAGCCAGCCACGAGACCCGAGCCAGCGUCAUCAUGAAGACCUCUGACGUCUCCAAGUCCGUCAAGAGCUGCUGAGGAGGGAACGGAAGGGGACGGCAGUUAGCCACCCAUGAUAUUCUCAGACAAAAGCCAUGAACAUUGAUUCCUUAGGACCAGAUGUGCAGGUAUUUGGUGAACCCACCCCACCCCACCUCCUUAAGGGCCAUUCGUACCCUAUGUAUGGAUAUUGUGUUAAGUGAUUCGCACAUCCUAUCCGUUGAUUUCAUAGGUGAUUUUGCACGAACACAGAUUCAUACGUGAAUUUGCAUAUUAUUUGAUCACAAGCACUGGUGGUAAAAGAGGAAAAAAACGCAAACUAUGUGAAUGAAAAAGAGAUGGACAGACAGACUAAUGGAGUCAUCCACUGCAGGGAUAUAAGUCGACAAAGAGUGAAAGUCAAACUUGUUUCUCAUAUCCCUUCCUCUUGCUUGUGGCGUCUUGCCUCAUUGUCGCACCGCCUCUGUGGAGAUGGCAAUUUAGUGUCCCCUCAAUCGACCAAGACAGAGCAACUUUUGGGGUGCUUUCCCGCAUUCAACAUCCGAUUGCAAAUGAGAUCAUGAGCCGUAGAUUGUGCUUUUGCAAGAAGAAUAAAACUUCGGUGAUCAAUGACAUUGAGCCUUGAGUCAUGAGGCCACAAGCAACAGGAAAGGAGGAACUAAUUUGACUUGCACGCAAAAUGUGCCUUCAAAGAAGCCAAAGUCAGGUGGUGUCAAUCCCGGGUUCGGAAAGUAAAAAUCCCUGCCACAAAUUUCAUCCAACCAGCUCUGAAUCCACUGAUGGUCAAGAAUAAGACCACAGAGUAAAUAUUGCAGUGUUAAUUGAACAUCUAAAGAGUUUAAUUCAACCCGCAAAGUGUACUCUCUUAACUCAUUUUAACCUAAGGAAAAGGUGCCCUCAGCCUAUAAAAACCUACAUAUCUCAGUCUCUGACACAUAUAAAAACAUUAAAUGAGUUUCAUUUAAAAGCUAAGACCCUCAUCUUGCAUUAGAAUGUCUCCAUUCAGCUCUAACAUACCCACAUUUGUAAUAAAAAAAACCCACAAAUAUCAUGAGGCUCUUUGCUGCAUCUAUGUCGCUCCAGGCUUCUAGGUCAAUACAGCGUAUACAUCAGCAUACAGCAUCAAUGGGUUAAGUGGAAUUAACACUGCAGAAUGUACUGUACAGUUACUCAGUGAACCGUCAGCUGUGUUGGAAGGAAUUUGUGACAUGGUACUUCUGGCUCCUUUACUUUGACACCUCUGGAAGUGUUUUAUCUGUGGGCUUUUUUAUUAUUGUUUGUGAAUAAUGUACAUAAACCUGUGACGUUAUAGUAGCAUAAUUGCGAGCCGCUUUUUCUGCACCUUAUUUGGACGAGCGUUAAACGGGUUGAAUCUGUGACCCCGGCUGCCAGAGGUGCCAUGCCAAGCACUGCCCUCUCGACCGGGCGCCCUUCUCUGGUGACAGUCAGAUAUGAGAUCAAGCCAAAGACACAAUCAUAUGAACGACUGUCUCAGCGUGGGGUGUGAAAGACAGAGAAAAAAAUGACUAAAUGCACUCGAUUUGAAAUUAAUUUAUCUUGAAAGUUUAGGUUAAAACCAUUUUAUUUUUUGUAUUCAAGGGAAUUAUAUUGCUUUGUACCAGGUUGUCUCUACCCACACCUUUUUGCUGAUAUAGUCUAAAAGGAAUCAUGGAAUUUGCAGUUCUCUACUGUCUGUAGGCUACAUUGCGUGUUCUACUCUGUGGCACUGUUGCCUAUUUUGUGCCAAUAUGUUGUGUUUGUUUGUAUGUUCUAUUUGUAUGUAUAAGUUUGUUUAAAUGAUGUGAAGACAUGUCUGUGCAUAAAGUAUGCACAUUCAUGAGCCACUCUAAAUCCUGUGGAUCACUUAUUCUACAAAUCUUAAUGGAUUUCUUUUAAAAGAUUUUUGGAUGUACUAUGUUAUUCUCUUUGUAAUAAAUGUUCAACUCUGA